CGAAGGACAAAUCAAGAAUACAUGAAGUACUUACCGUCAGUAUCGGCCUAGGUUUGAAGAGAGCAAGGAAGAAAAAAUUUGGAAGCACAACACCAAAUAGAAUGCACAAUUCAUUAGGAAAAGACUGGGUUUAUUUUCUUUGAAAUGAGUGGAGAUAAGGUAGACUCAUCCUACACGUCAUUCCAUCCACUUAGCCCAGAUGUAAAAAGUAUAACAUCUGGAUUUUCAUUCUCACGGCUCUUUGACUUACCUUGGAAGAGAGGAAAGAAAAGUCUGUUUGAGCAGACAGUUGCAGAAGAACCAGCAAAAGAAAACCAGAAUGAUGCAGCAGAGUCAAGCCAUCAAAGGAACCAAGCAAAUUUAGCAAGAGAUGUUGAGAAAGUUGGUCAUGCCCCUAAAGAUAAUUCAUUAAAUGUCCCUGCAAAUCUUGAUCCAACAAAUUAUGGGAAAUGUAGAUCAGAAAACAGCUCACCAAAUUUGCCUAGAAAAGAGAAAGGAAAGUACAGGAAUGUUAAGACAAUCCUUCGCAGACUCAGUGCUUUAGCAGUUGACAAGAAAUCAAAUGAGGCUUCUGUAAAUUUUAAACAUGAUUUCAAACAAUACUGGAUGCCCGAUGAGCAUUGCAAAGAGUGCUAUGAAUGUGGAGGGAAAUUCAAUACAUUUAGAAGAAGGCAUCACUGCAGAGUGUGUGGACAGAUAUUUUGCAGCAGAUGUUGCAGCCAGGAAGUACCAGGACAGACAAUGGGAUUUGGUGGAAACAUCAGAGUCUGCAACUACUGCUAUAAGAUCGUGAAAGCAUAUGUUGUUGAUGACCUUGAUAAAAGUUUAGAAGCGCUAAAAGCAGAUAUAAAAGUAUGCUUUGAUGAUGUAAACAACAGUGAGCCCUUUGGUGGUGUUGGUAACUCAUUGACAUCCUCAAGGACAAGUUUAUCAAGCUAUCAUACCAGAGAUGAUUCUGGCAUCAGGAGAAUGGGAAGCUCGAAUAGUCUGCCUGGGAUAAUUGAAAGGGAGCUGAGAACGCAAACCUCUGUAGCUAGGAAUCCUUUUGACGCUUUUGGUGUUACUCCGAAAGAGGCCAAUGAUAUCAAACAGGAUUUUUUGCGAGAUCUCUGGCGCCAAAUUUCUGACACAGGAUCAAAACUGGAGUUGCAAAGUCACAGAUUUCGACUGAAGACGUACACAAACUGUUUUGUUGGGCAUGAAUUGGUAGAUUGGCUUCUCACCUACGGAAAAGCAGCAAAUAGACCACAAGGAGUAGCAAUCGGUCAAGAUCUUUUAGACCUUGGAUGGAUCGAGUCAAUACCAGCGACAGAGGAAGACAUAUUCAAAGAUGAGUACAUGCUGUACCAACCUGGCAAGCUUGCUGUCCCAGAAAUGGAGUCCCAGGUGUCACUUGUAUCCCGAUUGGACGCUGAUGGGCCUUCUUCUUUAGAAGGAGAGGAAAGUGGUUCGGCCAGUAAUGUGUCUGUUGUUGAUGAUGACGAUGAUGAGACACUUCCAAUUUGGUUCAAGCAGAUUUCUUUGGAUUCAGAAGAAAAUCUGAGAACUCUGAUGGAAAUGCAUAAUUCUGGAACUCCUUCCCUUUCACGACGGAUUUCUUCAAGUCGACAUUUAGACCUGGAUCACGCAACGUUUGAAACAAGCGAUAACAAACAACACAUACCUGCACGUGAUCUUUCUCUUCAUAUGAAGCUGGACUAUUUUGAUGACGAGGAUGAAUCAGAGAAGCAAGUUCGCAAAGAAAUUUACGACCAAACGAACAAGCUGUCACUCAUCACUCAUGUGCCUCCACCUCCGUUAGACACUUAUGUAUGCGUAGAAGGACAUCCUUUUGUUGCUAAGAAGAAGAUUGCUAAAAGCUCCAGCUCUACUCAUUUCGGUGAUGAUAUUUUGCGAGGCGUUGAGUUUCCGAAGCCCCGUCUUACAUCGCAGGUCGCAGAGAUUGGGGCGUUUAACGACGACAAUGGAGAGACUUUGGCACGGGAGAGACUUCGACUUGCGUCGGAUCACCAUUUACUUAUCCUAUUGGACCAGCGGAUCAAAAAGGAUGGCCUUCCAAUCGUCUGGAAAGAUGUUAUCAUGCCGAUUGUUGUUCGAAUAAGUGAGCAGGUUGUCCCCGACGUUCGCCGUGAUGACGAUAUGGACAUCAGGCAAUAUGUCUGGUUCAAAAUUGUACCAGUUGGAGACAAACCUGAGUGCCAAGUGGUCAGCGGUGUUGCUUUCCCAAAAAACGUCGUGCACAAAAAGAUGACUUGCUCCUUCACACAACCAAAAAUCUUGAUGCUCAGCUGCGCAAUCGAGUACCAGCGGGUUGAAAACAAGCUCACAUCGAUUGAACCGGUUGUCCUUCAAGAAUAUGAAUUCCUGAAGAAGUUUAUUGCAAGGAUCGUGUCGCUGAAACCUAACAUUGUCCUUGUAGAGAAGACGGUAGCAAGGGUUGCCCAGAACAUGCUUUUGGAAGCUGGAAUAACCCUUGUUCACAAUAUCAAAUCGAAUGUAAUGGAGAACAUUGCAAGGUGUACACGUGCUGCCGUUUUGCAGUCAAUGGAACAAGUGACACGCCCGAGGCUGGGGACCUGUCAGCAAUUCCGGUUGCAAAAGUACCUCUUGCCGGAUGGUGGAACCAGAACGCUCAUGUUUUUUGAAGGUUGUGCUCCAGAUUUAGGUUGUUCUUUGGUCCUGCAAGGUGGCAAUAAAAGUAUCUUGACAAAGGUGAAGGCGAUCUUAAAGUACCUUAUUUAUGUUGCAUAUCAUUUGAAGCUUGAGCACAAGUUUCUUAUGGACGAGUUCGCCAUGCCACCAACCUUAGAUAACUUGCUUCCAACUGGUUCCAUAUUAAAAAAGGAGAGACACAGAAAGGCGGUUUUCAAGAUUGCGGAGGAGGAUCUAGAGGAUUUAGAGAACGAAGAGGAAACCACUUCGCUUAAUCCAAUUGAAGAAAGCCUGACAAGCGAGAAUUCAAAACUUGAUAACAUGUUAGAGGAGUCGAAGAAAUUCAAAGAGUUGAUCUCUCAAGUUGUUCUUUGCAGCUCUCCGUUUUGUGUUUAUCCGUUGCCUUAUCUGCUUACAGAGGAAGGACAGAACUGUGGCUGCCGUCGAUUCAGUCCAGGGCAACUGUACAAAUCAAAGCUUUUAAAUGAAGUAAAAAAUCUAGAAGAAGUAAAGUUCAACAGCGACGAAAAAGGCGUCAAAACGAAGACAGUAAAUCCAAACUUGAUAGCGAAAGGUCCACAUCCAUUUACAAUUCCAGAUGUUGUCCCCCGUCCUCAAGAUCAAACGACUAAAAGUUUAUUAGCUGAUUUUAGAGCGCAAGGGGGGCUUGUUGAUUUAAAAACCUAUAGAGACUUUGAAGAGGUUCAUAAGAUAAGAAGAAAAGAGGUGAAUAUAAGAAGCAAGGAAAGGAGAGAAUUUCUAGGAAAAGACCAUGGUGGAGAGGAGGGCAAAGAUCAGACCUCUGCAUCACCCGAUAAAAAGCAAGGAUCGUCCUCUGAAUAUGAAAUAUCGGGGGAUUGCUUUGAUCCGUACAACCAUCAGAAAAUUGCUGUCCUUUUUAGUAGCUACUCAAGUGAGUCCCACAAUGCUCCGAAGCCAUGCAUCAGCCCUUGGGCUGUAUUUAUGGAAUUUUACGGUAGAAAUGACAUCACUCUCGGAGGAUUUCUAGAACGGUAUUGUUUCAGGCCAUCCUAUAUAUGUUCCAGUCACAACUGCGACGUUCCAAUGGUAAAUCACGUGAGAUAUUUUGCCCAUGGAAAUGGCUCAUUGUAUAUUCACAUGAGAAAUUUAGAAUCGCCAAUUCCUGGAUAUGACCGGACAAUACUUACCUGGAGCUGGUGCAAGCAGUGUAAACAGGUUACCCCCGUCGUGCCUUUGUCAUUUGAGUCAUGGUCACUAUCAUUCGCAAAGUACUUGGAGCUUCGAUUUUACGGGGGACAGUACACGCGACGAGCUAGUGCGGAGCCCUGCGGCCAUUCGCUACACCAAGAUCACUAUCAGUACUUUAGCUUUGCGAACAUGGUUGCGUCAUUCAAGUAUCGUCCUAUUGAGUUGUAUGAGGUUAUUAUUCCAAGCCCAGAUGUUGUUAUUGGGAAGGAAAGACAACCGAGCGAAUGGGAAAAUGAUGUUGAAGAGUUUUGUGCCAAGGCCGAUCAAGUGUUGAAACAGAUUAUGGAGCGCAUAAUUGACUUGCGCUCCCUCGAUCCAAUAACAAAUGCAACACGAGAGCAGAGUAUUAAGGAUUUUCAAUCGGACUUUCAAGCGGAAAGUUAUCAUUUUGAAGACUUUAUGCAAUGCUUAAGGAUGAAGGUUGACAGUCUUUUGAGCUCGGAGAGAAGGCAAUCCUUAGAAGAUCCAACGAGUGCGUCAACAGAAUUCCAUAAUGUCGUCGACAGUUUUAUUUUGAAACCUUCAGAAAAGAGUGCACUCAUGACUAGCAUAGGGAAUAUGCUUGUGAAUCUCAAGAAGAAACUAUGUGAAGUCAUUCUCGCAUGGAAUGCAAGGCUGCAAGAAUUUAUCCAACAAGAAAAGAAGCGCGAAAAGGCAGCCAAGCCAUCAUCGUCACCAAAAAGUGAAGAGAUGCGUUAUCAACCAAAUGCUGUUCCUAAUGAAAUUGGAGAGUACUACCCGACCGUGUCGCAAGAUCAAACAGGAGAUGAUAAUGGUGCUACUGGUCAGAAUUUGCAAUACACUUAUAUCCACGCACAAACCGCCCAGGAGCCUGUGUCGGAAGUGCUUUUAAACAACGGGGCGAUUUUAAGACAAACGUAUUUAGGAAUCGAGCCGCCUAAGGAAUACAUUGCAUCGGAUAUCAAUAAUGAAACCUUGAGUCAGUUUGGUGCGGAGUUCAGUGAUGAAGCGAAGGAAGCCAUUGAUCAAGCAUGUGCGACAGGUCAAAUUGAAGGUCAAAUUUAUGGUCAAAUUGAAGGUCAAAUUUAUGGUCAAAUUGAAGGUCAGAAUUCACUUCCAGGUCAUACUGAAGAGGGCACAGAGGCUCAUAAUGAGGAAGAAAGUGUCGGCGAUAGGAGACAAUUGAAAAUUGAUUUAUCUCUAAAUAUCGGUAAGGAAGACCAAACAGCUACUGAAAAAGAAGGAGAGAAUGGAGGGGCCAAGGGUGAGAGGACACAGGUUGGAAGCCCAUAUAUGGUAAUAAAAUCACCUUUAGCUGAGAAAGGCGAUGCAGAAACUGGAAAACUACCAGAAAUGUCACCGAAUGAGCGUAGCAUUGGCUAUGAUGAUGAGAACGACUUUAGCAGAAAGAGCAGCGAUUCGCGGAUACAUGCAAAAGAGUCCAACCUUAGACGCACUGGCUCCGUUCAAGUGGAGAGAGGAUCACUAUCCGAUAUAACAAAUGGGGUAUCUCAAAGGCGAUCGAUGUGUCGCGUUGAAAGUGAAGACUCCGUUUGCUCAACUGAAAGCAAAGAGCACUGGAUGGUCGAGUCACGUGAGCGAUCGUCCACUGUCAUUAAUACGCUAGAGACAGAUAACCUCCCGAAGUAUCUCAGACGAAAGCUGAUGUCAUUAGGGCAGUCGGAUGAAACCUCGUCACUUCAUAGCAGUUUAUUUGUUGAAGAUGGCAGUGAUGCAGGGUCAUGUGACCUAAUGUCGCUGCAAGAUGUUCUUGAUUUUCCAGAUGAAGACCAAUCAUAUUUAUCGGAAGCAGAUGAAAUCGAUGAUAUUAAAGAUGUUGACAGCGCCAGUGAAAUCGGCUUUGGUGAAUCAGCUGUCGACUACGAGAUUCCAGAAGUCGUGAGCGAGGACGAGCUGAUUGAGCCUAUUUCGAUUACGAAAAAGCUGAAAAGCCUUGGCCUGCAGGUUGACGAGAGCUCGGAAUGUGCAAGUCAAAAUUCAAUUCCCGUUACACAAGGAGAUACGAACGAUAGAGAUUUAAAUGGGACUGACACAACUAGGGGUACUGGUGAUUUGAUAAAAACAGAUGCAAAAGUAGAAGUACCAACUGACAUCGAAAAAGUCCAGUCAGAUGCACCUCAAGAAAUACAGAAAAGAAGUAAUAAGGAUCGAAAGUCUUUGCAGAAAAGGCGCUACCCACCGUUAGGUGCUUGGGCUGAUGAGGACAGCGAUUAUUUUGAACCAGCAAACAGCGGAAAGAAAUUUGGAGUCGAAGAUAAAGCACCGAGUUCUGAGCUAGAUGACAUUUUAUCUGGAAAAAGACCUUUGUUUGAAGAAAAUAGUCCCGACGAACUAGAGACAAAAGAAGGUCCUCCGGAUGGACUCUUAAAGGAGAAACAUUCAUGGCGUGAUAAAGAAGUAAGGAAGUCAAGAGAUGAUUCUGAUGUUCCUUCUACAACGCUGACAGAAGGUCGAACUAUGGGACACAGACGCUUGAUGUCAGCACCAAUUGAACUAACGCCAAGUAAAGCUGACAGAAAAUCAUCCAUAGAAAAAGAGCUGCCUGGCAGUCCGUUUGAACUUGUUAAGAAAACGCCAUUGCAGGAUCAUUCUCGAGCGAGAAUAAGAAGCUAUUCCCAAGGACAUUUUAUUGAUUUUGCUAAAGGGCAGGAGGAGCUAACCAAGAUGGCUGAGGAGGUGUGUAAGGUUGAUAGAAAAGACCUUGAGAUGGAUGACCCGGAGGAAAUUCAGUAUGAUGAGAGUUUAGAUGAAACCCUCAAAUCACCUGAAACGCCAUCAAAGGCCGAGCAAGGGUACAAGACAAGUGUGAGUACCGAUGUUACGGACAACAAAAAUGAGAAGAGAGUUGAGAAAUCUAGAUCUGGUGCAAGGAGGGUGAGCGAUGCGGAGGAGAGCGAGCGGGAAUCUGUGUCUUCUAGCAGCACCAUUCUCCGAAACAAAGGUCACUCCCGGCAAAGAUCGUUACAAUACAGAGGAUUCGGGUUCAUGGAAAGCAGAGACGAGCCAGAGACAAAAUCCAUCUCCUUAGAAGUGACAACAGCUCAGGGACAGAAAAAAGGCACAGAGAAAAUGAAGAAGAUUAUAUCUCACUUGCUUCCCGGAUCGAACUUUCAGCCAGUCCCGAUGCCCUAUCCUGCACACGAGCAUUACAUGCUGCCAAUCGGUGACUCGGUCUCUGUUGUUAUCAACGAGAAAGAACCCUCAUCAGUCAUUGCCUAUGCACUCAGUUCAAUUGACUACUUCAACCAGCUAAGUCAACUUCGCAUGCUAUUAGAUGGGCCUGCGAUUGAACAAGAGACGCGGCAAGCAAAGCAGACAAUCGAAAAAGCAAUGGAAGCACCCGAAAUGAAUUCCAGUGAAGUUGUGUUGCGAAAUCGAAAGCCACAAGGGAAAUCGUUGAAGAGGCCUCGAUCAUGGGCUGGCGUUUCCAUAAAGAGCCCUUUGAUAGAGUACCAGAUAAACUUCCCCGCAGAUUUGAUGGGAGAGAAAGUGGAAACGGAAAAGAUGAACCGGUGCUGUUCCACUGUCGACGGAAAGAAUCUAGGGAUUCGGACUCGAAUGUCAUUAGCUGAUCAAUAUUUGAUGUCAUCCGCCGUCUUGAGCGAAGCUGCAAGUAAUGACCUUGCUCUGGACAGCCCAGGAAUUGUAGAUUCUGACGACGCCAAGACAGACUCUAUUGAUGGCCUUCUUGAUGAUAAAGAAGAUCUUGAAAGUGCAAUAGGGGAUAUAAAGCAGGAUUUGCCAGGUGAAAAAACUGGCAAGGAAAAAGACGAGAACAAAUCUGCAAUCGACUUUAACAUCAAACUGCAAUUUCACGAUAAUUCGGCAAAGUUUUAUUGUAACGUAUAUUAUGCGGAGCAAUUUCGUCAGCUAAGGGAGCUGAUUUUUCCAGAAGGCGAAGAAAGGUACAUUCAAUCACUCUCAAGAUGUGUUUUUUGGAAAGCAAGAGGAGGCAAAUCAGGAUCCUCAUUCUCAAAAUCACUCGACGACCGUUUUGUGAUGAAGCAGAUGUCUCGGUUAGAAGUUCAGUCGUUUGUGGAAUUCGCACCGCACUAUUUUCAAUACAUGGACAAGGCCCUAAAAGAGCAGCGUCCAACCACACUGGCAAAAAUACUUGGAGUUUAUCGAAUUGGUUUCAAGAAUGCACAGACCAAUACAUCGAUGCGACAGGAUGUUUUGGUGAUGGAGAAUGUGUUUUAUAAUCGCAAAGUAAACAAGAUCUUCGACUUAAAGGGCUCAGUUAGAAGUCGUUAUGUGCACACUUCCGGGAAGGAAGAAGUGCUGAUGGAUGAAAAUCUUCUUGAAAUGAUAUGCGAGACUCCACUCUUCAUUCGCCCCCAUUCCAAGGCUGUCCUCUCCAAAGCCAUUCACAACGAUUCCGAGUUUCUCUCAAGCCACAGUGUCAUGGAUUAUUCCCUUCUUGUCGGCAUCGAUGAGGUCAACUUUGAAUUGGUCGUUGGAAUAAUUGACUACAUUCGAACUUUUACAUGGGAUAAAAAGUUGGAGAGCUACGUAAAGUCGACAGGAAUCUUAGGUGGCCACGGGAAAAUGCCAACUGUUGUGUCACCAGCUGUUUAUAGAACUCGUUUUACAGAAGCAAUGCAUCGAUAUUUCUUAAUGGUUCCCGACAAAUGGACAGGUUUUGGUGCUGAUCACAACUGAAUUACUGCAAAUCUAAUUUUAAUUGAUCCUCGCUUAUACUUUUUGUACAUAGAAGUUGGCUGCAAAGGGGGGGGGGGUGACUGAUAAUUUAUCGGUGAUGCUUUUGGAUAAACAGACGGCUUAGUCAACAAGUAGAUUGAAUCACCUAAAUUGAUUUUUCCCCAGCUUCCUUGUGGCUGGGCAGUUUUAUGCCCACCAAAGAUUAUACUUGUGUCUACAAACGAGUUUCUCAUGAAAAAUCCACUUUUUCUUUAAUAAAUUUUUAUCUCUGCAAAGAUUAACAUCUGCAAAGUAAAAAUCAACAACCUGAAACUAGAAUAUGUUGCUUACUAAUUGACCCAGCAUUUACAAUUCCAAUCACUGAACCAAUUGAUUAUCCCAACAGGAAAACAAAUGAUUUCUGUACAAAAAUUCCUAGUUUAUAGAAUUGUCCUAAUUUUUGCAAUUUGUUGUAGAAUAAUCAGUCUGAAUCAAGAAUUAGAAUAUUGUAAUAAAAAAUGGCUUAUUUUAUUAUUUGAUUUUUUAUGGAUUGAAUGCAUUUUGUUAGGGAAUGACAAACAACGAUUUAAAAUCCACAGGUCUUGCCUUUCACUGUAAAUUUAAAUGCUUCCUGUUAUUGUUGUACGUAUGUACAUGAUUCAGUUAAAUGAUGUUUACUAGUUUACAAUCG